CGAGUCGAUAGUGAUACCUAACCCGUGUCGUGUUCCGCAGGAAGGCUCCAGGGCUCUGUUCUCGUGUCUCGACUAGCCCAAAGUCUCGUUAGCCCUCCGAAAUGCCGAAGCCAAUUGUUCAAGAGGGUGAGGACCCCGAUCCGACCCCGUACCUGUUCGUGUCACUCGAACAAAAGCGUAUCGACCAAAGCAAGCCCUACGAUGGUAAGAAGGCCUGCUGGGUGCCGGACGAGAAGGAGGGCUUCGUACAGGGUGAAAUUAAGGCCACCAAGGGCGACCUGGUGACCGUCAACCUCCCUGGAGGCGAGACAAAGGACUUCAAGAAGGACCUUGUAUCUCAAGUCAACCCGCCUAAAUACGAAAAAUGUGAGGAUAUGUCCAACUUGACAUACCUCAACGACGCUUCGGUUUUGUAUAACUUGAAGCAGAGAUAUUACCAUAAGCUUAUUUACACUUACUCGGGUCUCUUCUGUGUGGCUAUCAACCCCUACAAGAGAUUCCCCGUGUACACGACCCGAUGCGCCAGGCUGUACCGUGGCAAGCGUCGCUCGGAAGUGCCGCCCCACAUUUUCGCCAUUUCCGACGGCGCCUAUGUCAACAUGUUAACCAACCACGAGAAUCAAUCUAUGUUGAUUACCGGUGAGUCUGGUGCUGGUAAGACUGAGAACACGAAGAAGGUAAUUGCGUACUUCGCCACCGUCGGUGCCUCCCAAAAGAAGGACCCCAGCCAGGAGAAGAAGGGAUCCCUGGAAGACCAGGUCGUACAAACUAACCCGGUACUUGAAGCCUUCGGUAACGCCAAGACCGUCCGUAACGACAACUCUUCCCGUUUCGGUAAAUUCAUCCGUAUUCACUUCGGCCCCUCUGGAAAACUGGCUGGUGCUGACAUUGAAACUUAUCUGCUGGAGAAGGCCCGUGUCAUCUCCCAACAGGCUCUUGAGCGUUCCUACCACAUCUUCUACCAGAUGAUGUCUGGCUCCGUCCCCGGACUUAAGGCUAAGUGCCUUUUGUCCAACGACAUCAACGACUACAACAUCGUGGCCCAGGGCAAGACUAUCAUCCCUGGCGUCGACGACGGCGAGGAAAUGAGGCUCACAGACCAAGCCUUCGACAUCCUUGGCUUCACCCAAGAAGAGAAGGACAACGUAUACAAGAUCACCGCCGCUGUCAUGCACAUGGGUGGCAUGAAGUUCAAGCAGAGGGGUCGUGAGGAACAGGCUGAGGCCGACGGUACUGAGGAAGGUGAACGUGUUGCCAAGCUCCUCGGUGUCGAUUGCCCCGACCUAUACAAGAACUUGUUGAAGCCCCGCAUCAAGGUCGGAAACGAGUUCGUGACCCAGGGUCGUAACAAGGACCAGGUCACCAACUCCAUCGGUGCCCUCUGCAAGGGUGUGUUCGACAGGCUCUUCAAGUGGCUCGUCAAGAAGUGUAACGAGACUCUGGACACCAAGCAAAAGAGACAGCACUUCAUUGGUGUACUGGAUAUUGCUGGUUUCGAAAUCUUCGACUUCAAUGGUUUUGAACAACUCUGCAUUAAUUUCACCAACGAGAAACUGCAGCAGUUCUUUAACCACCAUAUGUUCGUACUGGAACAAGAAGAAUACCAGCGCGAAGGCAUCGAGUGGACUUUCAUUGACUUUGGCAUGGAUCUCCAAAAUUGCAUUGACCUUAUUGAAAAGCCCAUGGGUAUCCUCUCCAUCCUUGAGGAAGAGUCUAUGUUCCCCAAAGCCACCGACCAGACCUUCGUUGAGAAGUUGAACAACAACCACUUGGGCAAGUCUGCUCCUUACCUGAAGCCCAAGCCCCCCAAGCCUGGUUGCCAAGCCGCUCACUUCGCUAUUGGUCACUACGCCGGUAAUGUCGGUUACAACAUCACCGGAUGGCUUGAGAAGAACAAGGACCCCCUCAACGACACCGUCGUUGACCAGUUCAAGAAGGGAUCCAACAAACUGUUGGUUGAGAUCUUCGCUGACCACCCUGGCCAGUCUGGUGAUGGUGGCGCUGCUGCUGGUGGCAAGGGAGCUGCAGGCAAGCGUGCCAAGGGUUCCGCCUUCCAGACCGUAUCAUCACUUUACAGGGAACAACUUAACAACUUGAUGACCACCCUGAGGUCCACCCAACCUCACUUCGUACGUUGUAUCAUCCCCAACGAGUUGAAACAGGCUGGUCUCAUCGACUCCCACCUUGUGAUGCACCAGCUCACCUGUAACGGUGUGCUUGAGGGUAUCCGUAUUUGCCGUAAAGGUUUCCCCAACAGGAUGGUCUACCCUGACUUCAAGCUCCGAUACAAAAUUCUGUGCCCGAACCUGAUUAAAGAGCCUAUGUCACCGGAGAAAGCCACCGAGAAAAUUCUCGAACAAACCGGCUUGGAUUCGGAGUCUUUCAGGCUCGGAAAGACUAAGGUAUUCUUCCGCGCCGGUGUCCUGGGUCAGAUGGAAGAGAUGCGUGACGACAGGUUGUCCAAGAUUGUGUCCUGGCUCCAGUCUUACAUCCGUGGUUACUUGUCCCGCAAGGAGUACAAGAGGCUGCAAGAACAGAGAAUCGCUCUCCAAGUUGUCCAGCGCAACUUGCGCAAGUACUUGCAGCUCCGCACCUGGCCAUGGUGGAAACUGUGGCAGAAGGUCAAGCCCCUUCUCAACGUCACCCGUAUCGAGGAUGAGAUCGCGAAACUCGAGGAGAAGGCACAGAAGGCCCAGGAGGCUUUCGAGAAGGAAGAGAAACUCCGCAAGGAAGUCGAGGCCCUCAACGCCAAGCUCCUUGAGGAGAAGCAGGCUCUUCUGGCUAACCUCGAGGGAGAGAAGGGAACCCUUUCCGAAAUCCAGGACCGCGCUAACAAACUCCAAGCGCAAAAGUCCGACCUCGAGAACCAACUUAGGGACACCCAAGACCGCCUUACCCAAGAAGAGGAUGCCCGCAACCAACUCUUCCAAGCUAAGAAGAAGUUGGAGCAGGAAAUCUCUGGUCUUAAGAAGGAUGUCGAAGACCUCGAACUUUCCGUCCAGAAGUCUGAACAAGACAAGGCCACCAAGGACCACCAAAUCCGCAACUUGAACGACGAGAUCGCCCACCAGGACGAACUCAUCAACAAGUUGAACAAGGAGAAGAAGUUGCAGGGCGAGAGCAACCAGAAGACAUCCGAAGAGCUCCAGGCUGCCGAGGACAAGGUCAACCACCUCAACAAGGUCAAGCAAAAGCUCGAGCAGACCCUCGACGAGCUUGAGGACUCCUUGGAGCGCGAGAAGAAACUCCGCGGUGACGUCGAGAAGCAGAGGAGGAAGGUUGAGGGCGACCUCAAGCUUACCCAGGAAGCCGUCGCCGACCUCGAACGCAACAAGAAGGAACUCGAACAGACCAUUCAACGCAAGGACAAGGAAAUCUCAUCUCUCACCGCCAAACUCGAAGACGAACAAUCUCUGGUCAGCAAGCUCCAGAAACAGAUCAAGGAACUGCAAGCCCGCAUCGAAGAAUUGGAAGAGGAAGUUGAGUCCGAACGCCAGGCCCGCGCUAAGGCUGAGAAGCAACGCGCCGACCUUGCCCGCGAACUCGAGGAGCUGGGCGAGCGUCUCGAGGAGGCCGGUGGCGCCACCUCCGCUCAGAUUGAGCUCAACAAGAAGCGCGAGGCUGAGCUCAGCAAGCUCCGCCGCGACUUGGAAGAGGCCAACAUCCAACACGAGUCCACCCUCGCCAACCUCCGCAAGAAGCACAACGAUGCCGUCGCCGAGAUGGGUGAGCAGCUCGACCAGCUCAACAAGCUUAAGGCUAAGGCUGAGAAAGAGCGCUCUCAAUACUUUAGCGAAGUCAAUGACCUUCGUGCCGGUCUCGACCACUUGUCCAACGAAAAGGCUGCCCAAGAGAAGAUCGUCAAGCAACUCCAGCACCAACUCAACGAAGUCCAGAGCAAGGCUGACGAGGCUAACCGCACUCUUAACGACCUUGACGCUGCCAAGAAGAAGCUGUCCAUCGAGAACUCUGACCUGCUCCGCCAAUUGGAGGAGGCUGAGUCUCAAGUAUCACAGCUGUCCAAGAUCAAGGUGUCCCUCACCACCCAGUUGGAGGACACCAAGAGGCUUGCCGACGAAGAAGCAAGGGAACGCGCUACCCUUCUUGGCAAGUUCCGCAACUUGGAACACGACCUGGACAACAUCCGCGAGCAAGUGGAAGAGGAAGCCGAAGGCAAGGCUGAUCUCCAGCGCCAACUCUCCAAGGCCAACGCUGAAGCCCAAUUGUGGCGCUCCAAGUACGAGUCCGAGGGCGUCGCCCGCUCCGAGGAACUCGAGGAGGCCAAGCGCAAGCUCCAAGCCCGCCUCGCCGAAGCCGAGGAGACCAUUGAAUCUCUCAACCAGAAGGUCGUUGCUCUCGAAAAGACCAAGCAGCGCCUUGCCACUGAAGUCGAAGACCUUCAACUCGAGGUCGACAGAGCCACCGCCAUUGCCAACGCCGCUGAGAAGAAACAGAAGGCGUUCGACAAGAUCAUUGGCGAAUGGAAACUCAAGGUUGACGACCUCGCUGCUGAACUCGACGCCAGCCAGAAGGAAUGCCGCAACUACUCAACUGAACUGUUCCGCCUUAAGGGUGCCUACGAGGAAGGUCAAGAACAACUUGAGGCUGUCCGCCGUGAAAACAAGAACCUCGCUGAUGAAGUCAAGGACUUGCUCGACCAAAUCGGUGAAGGUGGCCGCAACAUCCACGAAAUCGAGAAGGCCAGGAAGCGUCUCGAAGCUGAGAAGGACGAGCUCCAGGCCGCUCUUGAAGAGGCUGAAGCUGCUCUUGAACAAGAAGAAAACAAGGUCCUGCGUGCUCAACUUGAGCUGUCUCAGGUCAGACAAGAGAUCGACAGGAGGAUCCAAGAGAAGGAAGAGGAAUUCGAAAACACCCGCAAGAACCACCAACGUGCCCUCGACUCCAUGCAAGCUUCCCUCGAAGCCGAAGCUAAGGGUAAGGCUGAGGCCCUGCGCAUGAAGAAGAAGCUUGAGGCUGACAUCAACGAGCUUGAAAUCGCUCUUGACCACGCCAACAAGGCUAACGCUGAAGCCCAGAAGAACAUCAAACGCUACCAGCAACAGAUCAAGGAUCUCCAGACCGCUCUUGAAGAGGAACAACGCGCCCGUGACGAUGCCCGUGAACAACUCGGAAUCUCUGAACGCCGCGCCAACGCCCUCCAGAACGAGCUUGAGGAAUCUCGUACUCUUCUGGAACAGGCCGACCGUGCCCGCCGCCAAGCCGAACAGGAACUUGGUGACGCCCACGAACAGCUCAACGAACUGUCCGCCCAGAGCGCGUCUCUGUCCGCUGCCAAGAGGAAACUCGAAUCCGAGUUGCAGACCCUGCACUCUGACCUCGACGAGCUCCUCAAUGAGGCUAAGAACUCUGAGGAGAAGGCGAAGAAGGCCAUGGUUGACGCCGCCAGGCUGGCUGACGAACUCCGCGCUGAGCAAGAACACGCCCAGACCCAGGAGAAACUCCGCAAGGCCCUUGAACAACAAAUCAAGGAACUGCAAGUCAGGCUCGACGAGGCUGAGGCUAACGCACUCAAGGGAGGCAAGAAGGCCAUCCAGAAACUCGAACAGAGGGUACGAGAACUCGAAAACGAGUUGGACGGUGAACAGAGGAGACACGCUGACGCCCAGAAGAACCUCCGCAAGGCCGAGAGGCGCAUCAAGGAAUUGACGUUCCAGGCUGAGGAAGACCGCAAGAACCACGAGCGUAUGCAAGACCUUGUUGACAAGCUGCAACAGAAGAUCAAGACAUACAAGAGGCAGAUCGAGGAAGCCGAAGAAAUUGCCGCCCUCAACUUGGCUAAGUUCCGCAAGGCACAGCAGGAGUUGGAGGAGGCUGAGGAGAGGGCAGACCUCGCCGAGCAAGCCAUCAGCAAAUUCCGCGGCAAGGGACGUGCGGGAUCCGCUGCGAGAGGAGUCAGUCCGGCGGCGUCCGUUAAAGGGCGUCCCUAGAUCAUCAGCGCAGUUAAUCCCCCACGUUCGCGCCCCGCCCACGACGGUUUCGGCACCUUCCCACCAAGGUUCGAUCUGGCGCCCGAAGAUUUCUAAACGUUCCAAUAAACAAAAAAUAAACGGACUGUAAAUGUUUACAAUAACACCAGUGUAAGUAUACGCGUGAACGAUGUACUGUUAGGACUUGUAAAGAACAAAAAUAUACACUAGUACCUAUCUUAAUGUUUUUACGAAGUAUUUUGUAAUUUGUUGAUAUUUAUUUAUUGAUUACCGCAAACCGCGGGGAGAGCGAGGGCUGCGCGCGCGCCGCGGUACAGAGACACACCCCCCACCCCCUCACCGGCGCCCGCGCGACCCUCGUCCGCCUCGCCCUUAAGUCAUAUCCAAUAAAGCGAUAUCGUUGUCAGAAAAUUUA